AACUGAGAGGUGGGGAUGGCUAUGUCGUCUUGACGGACACGAUCAGAGUGUAUUUAAGAAGCGGACCAGUGUAGGUUAUGUUAGUUUACAUCAAGUGAGUUAGUGAGAAUGUAUCAUAGAAAAUGUAUUCCUGUGAUUGUGGUAAAUCUUUCACUCGUUGUGAUAAUCUUCGUCGGCAUCAGCUCCAGAGUUGCCAAGGAGGGCCUGCAGUGAAACGGGUGAGAGUGGAUAAUGCAACACCUAUGUAUACGUGCAAUUGUUGUAAUGUGACAAUUCCUAUGACCCAAGUGAAUUCUCACCGAAGAACCAUGAGUCAUAAAAAUAAUGCAUGUGUUCAAUUGUCUGACGGUGUUCAAAUUAUAACGAAUGCAUUCAAUUGCCGCAUUGCUACAUACAGGGUGGAGAGUUCGAUUGUAACCAGUGACUACAUGUCAUUUUUCAAUGAGAUUAGGCAGAAGGUCAUUGAAUUACUGGAAUCAGCCAUCAGGAUCCAUAAAAGCAUCAAGGUGAAUAUGGAAGUUUUUGGGAAUUAUAUUCUUCAGACUGAUGAUUCGAGGGACACGAAGUCAUUUAAUUCCCAAAAUAAAAUAGUGGACCAAUCUUCAGAUUUGAAUGCUGUUUUUGAUGGAUUCCGUGAUGUAAUUGUGGCUCAAACGACUGAGUUCCAGGAUCGUGACUCAGGUUGGACUUGUGAAAAAAUAUUGUUUCUCGAGGUCAACAUUAAUAAAUACAGUCCACUGGAAGGACGUUCAUAUGUGAAGCUGCCUCAAUGUAUUCAAUGGAAGAAAGCUGUUGUGAAUGUUCGUAAUGAAGAUCAAUAUUGUUUUGCUUGGGCUAUAACAUCAGCAUUAUAUCCUGCAGAUAGUCGAGUGUCCGAACUUACGUCAUAUCCACAUUUUUCCACUGUUUUAGAUGUCACAGGUAUGGAUUUUCCGGUUAAAGUUAAUAAUAAGAGUAUCGAAAUAUUCGAAGAUAGGAAUGAUAUUUCAAUUAAUGUUUACGGUUUAGAGAGUACAUUUGAGAAGGGUAAAAUGAAGUAUGAAGUGAUUGGUCCAUUGCGAUACUCACAGAGAAGACUCCGGAGACAUGUCAAUUUGUUGUUUAUAACUGAUGACUCCGGUAAUGGUCACUAUUGUUGGAUCAAAGAUCUUUCAAGAUUAGUUUCUAAUCAACUAUCAGCUCAUAGACAGAAAAAAUAUUUUUGUGACGGAUGUUUGAUAUAUUUUUCUGAUGAGAGAUUGCUUUUACGUCAUAAUAUGUAUGAUUGUAAUCACAUUAGUACCACAACACCAACUACUAAUUUAAAGAUCAAUAAAUAUGGUAGAAUGGUUGCGGAAAAUAAACUAAUGUUUGAAAACUUUGAGAGGCAAAUGAGGGUGCCAUUUGUAGUGUAUGCUGAUUUUGAAUCAGUGCUUAAACCGAUUCAUGUGAAUGAGCCAAAUCCUGAAAGUUCAUACACGAUUAAAACAUUCAAACAUGCCCCAUAUUCAUUUGCUUAUUUGAUAAAGUGUUCAUAUAAUGAUGAUUUGACAAAAUUUGUUACAUAUAGGGGUGUAGAUGCAGCUCAGAAAUUUGUGAGUAGCAUUGAAGAUGAUUUGAAAGAGAUACAUGAAAAUCAUCUCAGAAACCCUAAACCAAUGGAUACACAAACUGUCGAAGAAGAAGAACAGUUUGUUGCAGCCAGAACUUGUGGUAUAUGUAAUAAAGCAUUUACUGAUGGUGAAGUCAAAGUAAGAGAUCAUUGUCAUGUCACAGGAAAGAAAAGAUCACAUGCCGCUCACUCGAAAUGUAAUUUAAAUUUCAAAAUACCAAACUUCAUACCUAUCAUUUUUCAUAAUUUAAGUGGUUAUGAUUGUCAUUUAUUCAUAAAAGAAUUGUAUAGGAAUAAAGAGAAAGUUGAUGUUAUCCCGCAAACUAUAGAGAAAUAUAUAUCUUUCAAGAAGCAUCUCUUCACACACAGCUAUAGCGAUAAAGAUGGUGUGGUUAGGAAGAAUUAUCUCAAAAUGAGAUUUAUCGAUAGUUAUAAAUUUAUGACUAAUUCGUUGGAGAAGUGAGGUGCAAACUUGACC